AUGAGCCAUUCGGGCAUGGUGGAGGAAGAAGCCCCAGACGAGCUAGAAAACGUUCAAGGCUUAGUGGACGCCCUCACCGCCGUUCGGUGGAAGCGCUACCAGGACGCUGUGUUGGAGUUGUCGGAACAUGGCAUCGUUUUGAUCGUCGACGAAAACGGUUGCCUCCAAGCCAAGGUUUAUCUCAAACGAGAGCUUUUCAUUCGCUACGAUUUCAAGGCACGAGGACGACCUCGUUUGGGAGUGAGUUUAGGGCAUUUCGUUGAUUGCUUGAACGCCUUCUCGCUUCCUGGUCAAUCCAGCGUUGUUUAG